GACUGGGCUGCAAUGUUCUCAAACCCAUUUCAUGUCAGAGUCUUAACGUUGUGGGAAAGAGGGUGCCCUACCACCAGUCCGCUAUAGGGGGCAAGGCAGAGGAGUUGAGGGAGAAGAGUUCUAGAGUUUCGGGGCGUAGUGACUGAAGGCACGGCCACCGAUGGUGCAGAGGAAGGGACGAGGGUCAAAUAGGAGGCCAGAGCCAGACGAGUGGAAACAGUGGCUGGUGGAGUGGGGGUUAAGCAGGUACCGAGGUGUGAGGGUACGAAGAGAUUUGAAAACGAGUGACUGGAUCUUGAAAUCGAUCCGUUCAGUAAGUAGGUGGAGCCUGGCAAGGACUGGUGUGACGGGGGAACGGAGUUUUGUACGGUUGCCCUGCAGAUGCCUGAAGGGCUCCAGAUGUUUGCCUGCCCCAUCGCUGAUAUCAUAGAACGGUUUACAGAAGCGGACACAUUGGUGAUGGGCGAUGUCACGUACGGCGCGUGCUGUGUGGAUGAUUACACCGCCCGAGCCCUAGGAGCUGAUUUCAUGGUGCAUUAUGGCCACAGCUGCCUCAUUCCCAUUGAUGCCACAGCGGGGAUCAAGAUGUUGUACGUAUUUGUUGACAUCAAGAUCGACACAGUGCACUUCCUGGAUACCAUCAGGUUCAACUUCCCGAAAGGCUCGCCAUUCGCCCUCGUCAGCACCAUCCAGUUUGUGGCUGCCCUACAGGGAGAGGAGGCAAAUUUAAAGAGCGGCAACGAAAAUAACAAGACUGAUACAUCUGCCAGCCAGGAACUGCGCGGGGAAUAUGACAUCUGCAUCCCGCAGUGUAAGCCACUGUCGCCAGGCGAGAUACUGGGAUGUACGUCUCCUCGCAUUGAGAAGCCAAUAAAUGCCAUUGUUUACCUCGGUGACGGGCGGUUUCACCUGGAGUCCAUUAUGAUCGCUAACCCAGGUAUCCAGGCAUACAGGUACGACCCCUACAGUAAGGUGUUCUCCCGCGAGUAUUACAACCACGAGGCCAUGCAGGCUAUCAGGAAGGAAGCCAUAGCCACGGCAGUGAAGGCAAAGACGUGGGGCCUGAUUCUCGGAACGCUGGGAAGACAGGGAUCGCCCAAAAUCCUGGAGCACAUCGAAUCGCGGCUCCAGGCCCUGGAUGUGUCGUACAUCCGAGUCCUUCUCUCCGAGAUCUUCCCAGACAAACUGCGCCUGUUCCAGGAGGUGGACGCGUGGGUCCAGGUUGCCUGCCCGAGACUUUCCAUCGACUGGGGAACAGCUUUCAGCAAACCGCUGCUCACUCCAUACGAGGCAUCUGUAGCUCUCAAGGAGGUUGAGUGGCAGCAGCAGUACCCAAUGGACUUUUACUCCAACCAGUCGCUCGGACCAUGGACUGUCAACCAUGUCACCCACCAACCAGUGAGAAGUGCAAGGAAAGCCCGGAACGCAGCAGCGAGACAGACGCUGCCCCCAGCAAGCUCGGAACAGAGUGGGUGCGGAGACUGCAGCUGCCAGCAGGAGAUUUCAGUCAAGGACCGAAGUACAGAUCAGCCCCCCACUCCAGCACAGUGAGGACACAGCCAGAGCAGGACCACCUGCUCCACCCACCCUGCGUUCAGCAACGUUCAUCCACCGAACCACGCGGUGAGGAGGAGCAAAUCCUAAUCUGAGCCACGUGCCACAGAACAAGGGGAACUGGAAAUCCACGAGCAGAGACGGUGUUACAGUGAGUGUCUCUUGCAAGGCCCCUCAGUUCUGGGUCAGCCUUUUUGGCUCGAGUCACGUUGAACCCCGUUCCUUUCUGAGAACAGCAACAGAAGCCUGUUAGGCUGACCGUGUGGGUGGGGAGCCUAGCAAUGGGCUCACAUCAUCAUUCUUUUACUGCCGAAGCAGCGAGACCCAAGGGAUGGAUAUCUGGGUAGCUGGAGAUGUUGAUAUGAUCGCCUUUGCACCCAACCAUAAAGUGGAAGUUAAUAGGA